AUGAUCAACGGUUUUGAUGUUUUUCUCGUAAGAGGCACCAAUGCCAUAUACUACAAUGAACUAAGAGAAAUCCCCCUCAUGGCUAUCUGCGGAGUAUCGUUGAGGGGUUUUGACAUGAUCAGGUUUAUGUCACAAGUAAUGGCUAGUGAUGAGUACAGCAUUCGUAAGGAAGUUAUUUGGGCUGUUAAGGUGUACAUCUUUCAAUUUACGCUUUUGGUAGCUUUCAUACAAUCAAAUCAUAUAUUAUAUACCGUAUUUUACUGA